CUUCGAAGGCCUCUCCGCCUCCAUAUCCUUCUCUUUGCUUUCGGUCUGGGGCCCCGAGACUGUGAAGACCCAUAAAGCACAACGGAAGUGGUGGUGGCAAUUAUUGAACCUUAAAGAACCAGCAACCCCCCACACACCAGGGUGUAAUCAAAACCCCACCUCUCUGUGAUAUUUUUUUGUAUAUCACUGAUAUACUCAUAUAUAUCUAGUUUUGAGUAUAUCUAUAGGUGUUUGAAAUGGCACAAGAAUUGGAUGACGGAGAGUUUUGGCUGCCUCCUCAGUUCCUCACCGAGGACGAACUCCUCAUGGACUUCAAAAACAUCUCCAAGUCCACUAAGAAAACUGAAGGAGACAAGUGUUUUGGCAGAGAAAAUGACAUUGGAGCCUAUUUCCCUUAUGAUUUCCCAACUGGGCUUGGUUCGUUUUGGACCAACUCGGAACUGAGUUCACCCGUUGAGUCCGUGGUGGGUUCGACCGAGACUGAGAGUGAUGAAGAUGAGUACCUCACUGGAUUAACUAGGAAACUGGAUCAGUCUACCCUUGAAGACGAUUUGUGGAAAGCAGAACCUUUUAUGGCCUACGAGAAAUCAAAGUCAUGGGCUUUGUCUGGUUCGCCUCAAUCAACGCUGUGUUCUGCCCUUGGAGGUUGUGGCUGCAAACAGGACUCUAGCCGAGGAAGCCCAAACUGUCCGUCCCAAGUUUCUUCGCCUCCGGCUAUGGGACGGAACGAAGCCGCUUGGGAUCUCCUACAUGCGGCUGCAGGGGAAGUUGCAAAGAUGAGGAUGGUUGAGGAAGGAAAUGGGUUUUACCAGAACAGAGGAAUUUUCGUCCCCCCAAGAAAGCCGAGCCCCAUCUUGAAAAACCCUAAUCCCAGUGGUCUAGAUCACUCAAAUCUUGGGUUUCAUUCAAACCAAUCCAUUUAUUACCAGCAAUUACAAGCCGCCCAAUUUAUGCAGUUGAAACGGCAACAGAUGAUGAAGCAACAGGGUGGUAUGGGGAUUUGGGGUCAGCAGCCCAAGUAUCAACAGAAACAGAGUCCCCAAAUUGUUCAGAACAGAGAGAGAAAUGGUGGUGGAAGGACUUUGGGUCUGUCAAUGUCUGCUUGGCCUACUCUGCAACAAUCACAGCAACAAAAUACACAACCUGGGUCUGGUAUGAGGGCUGUGUUUCUUGGAAAUCCUGGGGCAAAACGAGAAUGUGCUGGAACUGGUGUCUUCUUGCCUCGGAGAGCUGGAAUCCCCACUGAAACUCGCAAGAAGCCAGUGUGUUCGACAGUUUUACUUCCAGAUAGAGUGGUCCAGGCUCUGAACUUGAACUUAGAUUCCAUGGAUGCUCAAGUCCAGCUUCAGCCUCCGCAUGGUGGAACUUCCACUCUUGACUAUGAUGCUUCUUCAAAGUAUCGAAACAAUCUGCUUUUGGCUCAACAGAGACGAAAUGGCCGGCCACUGCCGGUGAAGAACCAAGAGGUCCGGCUACCUCAGGAGUGGACUUACUGACCAUUUUGGCCUUUUAACCUUUUAACCUUCUGGGUCCUCCCUAAAUUGUGCCUGGUUUUUUGAAGCUUUUACAGAAGUGCAAGUUUAAAUUGAAGGUUUAGUUUGAGUAGUUAGUUUGUGUUAGAAGCUUAGUAGUCGGGAUAGGAAAUAGUGUUAAUGGGGAAAAUGAUGAUGAUGAAGAAGAAGA